CCAUUGGCGAUAAGAUUUUCAUUUUUCCACCGAAAAAGGAGACUGCACUCCUGGCCAUCAAUCUAUCGAUGCACAAAAUCACAUAUUAAUGUUUGGUGUUUGUUCAUUGAGGUGGCUGUAUAUUCUGAUCAGUUGUGCUGGGCCAUUUGGGGCACAAGAAAUCCAGCCAGACGCAGAUGCAGGGAAAAUUUUAAAAGAAGAGCUUGCCAUGGUUAUGCACAGUGCAAGAGAUAAACCAUACAUGAAUUCCAAGCAUGGUUGACUUUGAAUACUACUCUCUAUUUUUGUCUAGGGUUCAUUGGGGCGGCGAGAGGGGGUGAAGGAUUCCUCCUGCUCGUCCUCGUCUGCGGCUGGCCUCGUCGGCACCUCAGCCACCGGCUUCACCAUGCUCGACCACCCAGCCGACCUGGCCCGCGCGUCCUCCACCGUCUUCAGCAUGCUCGACGACCCUGCCGACCUCGCCCGCGCAUCCGCCGUCUCACGCUCAUGGCGGCAAUUCGUUAUCGCCAACCAGUUCAGCAAGCUGCAGUGCCUACGGGCGUGCCCGGAGGUCUCCACCUUCAUGCACGUAGACGUCAUCACAUCCGGCUCCAGCAGCACCACACACCAGGAUCAGCUCGACCGGGAACACAGGGCGUACACAAACCUCGCCCACGGUCUCCUCUCGCCGUACAAGCCAUGGGACUGCAUCAUCCACUGCAUCGGCGCGUCCAGCACCGACAACUUCCCUGUGGAAACCAUCGAGAACACCAUCGAGCCCAUGGACCUCGUUGAGUUUAGGCCCUCCUACUGGUCCAGCCGUGGCAACAGGGAUCCUGCCGCGCACGAGUACCUCAUAUACAGGCUCCAGGCGGAUCUCUGCCUCGUCGAUGAGAUCAAGAUGAAGCCCUUCAAAGCACUUUUCCAGAUUGGUGACCCGAUAUAUUCGGCAAAGAGCAUCCGGUUCCAGAUGGGCUAUCCAAGGUCACCGCUACGCCCUGAAGCACUUGUGUGUGAUGAAAAUGAGGGACAGUUGAUUGACGACAGAAACUAUGUCUGGACCUACACAUCUCGAGAAUUUCCAGUGCUGCAGGAAGAUGUUCUGCAAUCUUUCAAGUUACCACGCCAGGUUCUUUGUAUUGGUGGGGUGGUGAAGGUUGAGCUUCUUGGGAGAGCUCAGAAGCAGGCAAUUGAUGGUCUCUACUACGUGUGUGUGUCUCAUGUCCAAAUACUGGGGAAGCCACUGUCACGAGAGCUCGGGGUCGUUCCUCCUGGAAACGGCCUAGUCCUGAAUUACUAUCUGGAUCACCGUACAUGUGGCAUUCCCGGCAGCGAGUCAUCAGGGGAUGAUGCCGCAGCAGGUGGCAUAGCUUGUCGUCGAGGAUCUGGCAUUCUGGCACGACACGCGGGAUAGCAGGGCUCAACCGAACGCUGUUGAGCAGCCUGUUUGGGUGCUCUGUUGCGGCUUCUGGUCGCAGCCGACGAAUCAGAGGAGGAAGAUCUUCCUUAGAAGAAGAGCAAUUGUGUUUUUUGUAACAGAAAACAGCACAACGAGAUGCAUCCAAUCAGCUCACCUGUAAAUAGAUCACUCAAUGUUAAUGUUGUUGUUGUAUCUAGUCAGAGAAAAUGCAUCCCUUCAAUCAAAGAAUGAGUGGAUCAGAUUAUGUCAA